CCCCCCCCCCACACACACACACACAGUCGCACACACAAAACUGAGUCAAUUUUCACCAUGAGUACUCACAAUUCACUCAUUUUUUGAUUCUGGGUAACUGUAGCUUAUUUGAACUCAGUGACCAAGUAAGAUCUUGAACUGGAUGAAAGUGAGGGGGAACUUGCAUAAUUCUACAAUAUCACAAUAUCCGUCCUUGCUGCUGUCGUAAUCUUGCUGUUUCUGUAAAAUCACUUUAAAAAAAAAAAGGAUGCACAUCUUAUCUUUAUCGGACUUCCAAAUCUCCCCACCAACAACACCUUGAAACUCACGAUGGAGGAAUUUGGCACCUCUAUAUCUCAACAUUGUUUUAAUGCGGAUUUGGUUCAUAUAUCAGAAUGACCUUUUACCCAUUUAACUGCCCAGAGAUUAGCCUUGAGGGAGGAAAGCCGAAUUGCACCGGAAAUUCACCUCUACAUUAUGCAUUUCACCCUGGAAAUUCUCCCUACAAAUAAUCGCGGAAGGAUUUCAUGCAAAAUAUUUUAGAACGCAACAGCACGUUUCGUCAAGUAGCAUUUAACAUAUUUUGUUUGUAAAUCGUAAUGGGCUUUCAUUACAAAGAAUUGUGCUACGUUUUAAAGUCCCAAAAGCAUUCCGCACCUGUCCCUCACCUGUUUCUAUGCCACGUAGUUCUUCAGUAUUUAAAGACACACAAGACCCUAAAUUAAGGUUCGUCUUGGAACUCUAAACGCGUUGCCUUUGUUUAAAGCUGCCCCAGGUUCAUAACUGAGUCGUGCUUGCCUUUUAUUGAGUCAUUUAAAAGCGCGAUUGCGGUGCCAUUUUUCCAAAUAACCAGCCUGCUUGUGAACGAACGGACCACUCCUCUUUUUGUGCUUAACAUUUUCACACGCAUUGCGCGUGCAAGAUUGCGCGCCAACAUAAACAAACAGGAGGAGGGCGGAUCUUCCUUUGUGACAUAAAAUAAAGCAAGGGCGCCUAUGUGCCGUGACACUUAACGUGGUGAUUUAUGUGAAUUCCCACACGUCCACAACGAAGGUGAAGAAGGGAUGGAGCCCAACCAGGAGAGGUCUCCACCUCCCCUCCUGACGUCAUGCGCCAAAGCCGGAGCUCUUGCACGACUGGAUCAGUUCACUACCGCUCGCCUGUGACUCUCUGCACACUGCCAGGACUGUGCAUGGACUGUAAAAAAGGAGGGACUACGCGAGCUGGAGGGGGAUAACACUUCGGAUUUGGAUACACACUGGAAAACUACCAAGGCAGCGAACGAACGCGACCACCCUGCCUUGUCUGGCUUUUUUCCCUUCUUCCUUGCACAUCGCUUUCGCCCCUACCCCGUCGCUUGCGGUCGGAUUGCGGCGAGAAUGGAGCUCCCUGCCGCCGGAGAGCACGUCUUUGCGGUGGAGGGCAUCGAAAAGAAGCGCAUUCGCAAGGGGAAGAUUGAAUACCUGGUCAAGUGGCGGGGAUGGUCUCCCAAAUACAACACAUGGGAGCCGGAGGAAAACAUCCUUGACCCGCGCCUCCUCGUUGCAUUUCAAUACAGGGAGAGGCAGGAGCACCUGAUGGGAUAUCGCAAAAGGGGCCCCAAAGCAAAACAUCUUCCACUGCAGGUUCCCUCGUUUGCCCGGAGGUCGAGUAUACCCGCGGGCUUGGAGGACGCCUCUCCGGACGUAGAUGACAGUCCCAAGGAGGAUGCCGUCCCGCUCCAGCGUUGCCAGCCCCAGCAGUAUCAGCUGAACAGCAAGAAGCACCAUCAGUACCAGCCCAGCAGCCAGGAGGUGCCUGUCGAUCAGCUGGCCAGUACCAAGAAGAAGUACGUCUACCAGCUCAACAGCAAGAAGCACCACCACUAUGAGCCUGACCCCAGCAUGUACCAAGCUCAGGCCUCAAAGCUCAAGAAGGUGGUCAAAGUUCAGGAAGCGCCCAGCAAAGCUGCCAACCCCGGCUGGAAUCUACCGCUGGCGUUGCAGCAGAAAUGGCUUCGCGACAAAGACACGGGCUGCUUGAGUAAAGUCAAAGAGCUGGCGGUGGAGCUGCGAAAAGCUGCUCCCAAAGACGCGGAAAGCGAGCAAGCGCUCAAGCCUAAUCCCAAGGACGCCACGCUCCCGAGCGCCGUCAAUGGCAAAAUGAAGAUCAUAAAGAACAAAAACAAGAACGGACGUAUCGUCAUCGUCAUGAGCAAGUAUAUGGACGCUCACAAGGUUCACGGGGCAAAGGGCAAACACGGGGAACCGUCAAGCGCUGAGAAAAGCCAAAGCGGCCAAAACAACCCGGCGCACGGAAGCAAAACGGCUAAAAACGGUAUUCCCAAAGAGAUGUGCAGCAGCAGUUCCCUCCCCGCCACAGAGUGCUCCCCGAAGGACAGGCACUUCUUCAAGCCUUCGCCCAGUACAGCUGAGGAAUACAACACGGAGGUCGCUCGGGGUCAGGCUGACCUGCCCGAUGAUCUGCCGCUGCAGCUGACCGCCAGCUCGCCCCCGACCUCCUGGCCGGCCGACGCCAACGUCCCCACGUCCGCCGCCAUGAUGGAUCACAUCCGGAUUCCGUCCUACCCUGGCAGCCGCAAGAGAAAACUCUCCGAUCCUGCGGGUGAGCGCGGACUUCCCAAGGCUCCCAAAAGCCUCGGCCUUUGCGACAGCGCGCUGGGUCCGCCUCAGGACAAACCCAUGGACCUUCACUGCGCCGGACGCGUCGGUGCGUACCCGUCUGAUGCCAUGGACUGCGCUGGCCAGGAGGAGCCCAUGGAUCUGAGUUGUCCAAAGACUAAGAGGCAGACUCAGCCGGAAAUUCGGCCUGAGCCGUUGCGGCCUGAACUUGCACCUGAGCCUGAACUGCAAGCCCAAAGUGAACCUGCUCCCCAAGCUGAAUCCCCACCCGCUCUCCAAGAUACCAACACAGCAACCCAGGACACGCCGAACAAGACUAAAGCGGCGCUGGCUCAAAAGAUCUCUCCUUUUAUGGGAAAUAUCAUCAUCACUGAUGUCACAACAAACAGUUUGACAGUAACCUUCAAGGAGUACGUCUCUUUCUAAGGAAGCCACUGACUGGACAGACUGAUUGUGUCCAAAUGUGCAUAAUGUAGAAAGAAAAAAAACAUACAGAGAUUUUGUACAUAUGCAAAGUUAUAAUUUAUCAUUCAAAUUUAAUAUGUUUCCUACAUGUUUUAUACUGUAACUCUGAAACGUAGCCAAGCAAGUGCCCUCGAGGAUUUCAAUGGAUACAUUCAACGAGAUGUGUUCCGCUUCAAAAAAAGAAAAACACUCUACGAGUAUAUUGCGUUGUUUCAUACCUGUACCAAACUUGUAAUCUCAAAUGUGCAAAGGUUUAUACGUCUUUAGUGUCAAACGCGAUCAAUUAUUUGGGGUCCCGCUGCGCAUUAGAGAGGAACUUGUCAUGUUGGUAUAGAUCAAAGAUCAAAUUGAAAGCACUUCAUUACUUUUACUUCUACUCCACGAGGCAAUGAUCGUUAAUUGCCUUCAUUAUUCAGUCUCGAUUCAGUCAUGGGCAUUAUAAUUGAUUCAUCGUUAUGAAUGUGGUUUGUUCGGCACGCGUCUUGAGAUGCAAACAUGACAAAGACGCACGCAAACUCUCUUCCGUCUGAGAAAUGUGAGCCCUCACUUUUUUAGCAUUGUUCAUCUCAUGAAUAUUCCGUGAUGGGAAAAGGCGGCUGCCUGCCGUUUGUUAGGCUCGCUCGUGACCCGUCAAAUGUGACUCAUCAACGUUUUGCUAGGCACACUUGAAGACGAGCUUGCUUUUUGUUGAUGCUGCUUGAAAGGCAAAUGUUGACUCUCGCCUUCGAGAUGCACACUGAAUGCAAAACCAGCUUAAGAAUGCUAAAAUGCGACAAGAAUGAAUCGGAAGCGAGCAUAUUUAUUUGGGAGAAGCUGCAAGGGAUCUUUUAACAAUUAUUUCCAUGAAUUUUGCUGUCCUUUUGGGUUUUGUUUUGCUUUCAUUUGUCGAUGCACUCGCUUACAAGGAUCGUCAUUACGUUGCUUAGGGAGACGAGUUAGCUUACUGCUGUUGGCACACUUUCACAAUAAAGAAAGCAAAGUUCCUCGUAA